AUGAAACGAAUCUUUUCCGGCGAUAGCAAGGCAACAGAUUCGCCAACUACCAACCCAGGCUUAAUGAGCCCAUCGAACUUUGGUGCGAGCUUUGGUUCGCAUUUAAAAGUGAAUACGACUGUAAAAAAGAAACUUAGCGACUCCUCACCAUCUUCUCCUAUUGAGAACUCACCCGUAUCACCAGAGUUAGUGCCGAUCCUAACACUGCUGAACGCGCAUUCACAUAGAAGGUAUCAUGAAGGUGUAUUUUUGAUUUUACAAGAUUUGAAAAACGAUGGGACUCACGCAGCCAGAAAAUGGAAAGACGUAUACGGGGUGUUGUUGGGUACUCAACUUGCCCUUUGGGAUGCUAAGGAACUGGCUGAGUUCACCGACCCAUCCAGUCCUGUAUCUGAAAGGAAACUGAAAGAAGUUGCCUCUAAACCGACUUAUAUAAAUUUGACAGAUGCUACGUUAAGAACUUUGGAUAGCUCUGAUAAUAUUGUCAUGGAAAGUGGAAAAAGUCUCACCAAUGCAUUAGUCGUUUCCACCACACUGAAGAAUCGAUACUUCUUGCAGUUCGGUAACAAAGAAUCCUUCAAUAAAUGGAAUGCUGCCAUACGGUUGUGUUUGUAUGAAUGCUCCUCUUUACAAGGGGCUUAUACAGGCGCGUUUAUUUCAAGUAGAGGGGCGAAGCUAGGUGAUAUCAGGAUUCUGCUUACAAACAGAAAGUAUGAUUACAAGGACUGGGUUAGUGUUAGAUUUGGAGCAGGCAUGCCUUGGAAGCGUUGCUAUGCGGUAAUCUCACAAUCCAACAGUAGGAAAAAGAAUAAUUUUGGCGAAAUAAAUCUUUACGAAAAUGAUAAGAAAGUAAAAAAAAAUCAUGCGAUGGCUACCAUUGUAGAGGCAAAGGCGCUUAGUGCUGUCUAUCCAUCUUCCCCAAAACUAAUAGACUCCUCCACAAUAAUCAAAAUUGAAGGUUCAGUAAAAUUUGAAAAAAAGGAAGCUGCUCAGGAGAAGGAUGUUUUUAUCAUGCCUGAGAAGCACCAAGCCGUUCCAAGUUACGACACCAUAAUUAGAUUUCUAAUCCCUGCCAUGGAUACGUUCAAAUUAUAUGGUAGACCCGAGAAACUACUAUCAAGCAAGAAUGAUCCACAUUCGUUGUUGUUUGGGUUGCCGGUUUUACCACAUAUAUAUUAUCUUGAAGUGGAAGAUUUGUUCCCACUAACUAAUUCCAUGUCAAGUUUGCACUGGUCCAAAAACGAAUGGAGAGAACACAUCAGCGAUAUUUUACAAAAAAAGUUAAGUCAAGGUUAUUCUGGAUGUGGUUCUGUUUCUAGCAUAACCUCCCCACUACCUUCCCCAUUCCUUGGUUCUGCUGAGUUGUUCGAAAGAACUGAUGGGGUGUUGUCACCUAAAGUAUCCUACGGGUCUAAAUCUUCUUCAAAUAAUAGCUCAAAGAAUAGCUCAAAGAAUAGUUUACCGAAGAGAGAACGUGGCAGGAUGCCUUCUUCGGCUGAUCGUGACUUCGAUAGUCCUGAUUUUCCGAUUAUGAAACAUAACAGUCCAUCUUCCACGAUGUCUGGAAGUCCACAAAAGACCACCACACCCACUGUUGCAUCUUCUAGAACGAGGGUAAUAGAAGCUUCACCAUAUGGGAAGCCGAGACAACCCAAACCAUUCAUGUCAUCUAAAAACGAUUCACCAUCGGACAGGGCUAAAUCAAGGACGCAUCCCUAUGUUGAUAAUGGAAUGGAUAAAACUGCUUAUGAGCCAGCCGAGAGUAGAGGCAUGGCUUCGAACGGUGCUUUUGACGACAACGAUGUUGAUUCAAGUUUGAAAAAAGUUCGGAAUAUGAAACUGGAUAUCCCCGAGUCUAAUUUUGACAAGUUCAAAACCGAUAAGAAUUUGUUGUCCGUGGAUUCUAAUCUUUCCAACGAAAAGAAACUUUCCGUGGCAUCGGAUUUAUCAUCGAUCUAUGAAAAAUAUUCUAAUGGUCCCUUUGGUCACACCGAAGCACCCAAGGGUUCUUCCGACGAGGCAUACUUACGUUUCCAACGGGCAUCAGUACAUCCGGAGGAGGCCUAUGACUCGAGAGACUCUUUUUCAAAAAGCGAUUUCUCCAAUAACGAUGAAGAUGAUCACGCCGUUUUACAAGAAUUGAACAGUUUAACCCAAAGAAUCAACGAGCUUGGUAUGGAAAGCAUAAACUCGAACUCAGAUUCCGACAAGAUGAACGGAUCUUACUCGCAAAUGGAAUUAGGAAACUAUAACAACGAAGAUGAUACGAACUUAUUUGAUCCUGACUUUAUGGCCCAAGAUCAACUACACGCUGAAGAAAGAGACUAUAAUAAGGAUGACGAUAGAUCUCCCUUAGUCACUACGCCUGCAGACAUCGAACCAGCUGGGCUGGGCAUAGUUCCCAAUAAUAACAUCGAAAGACAACACAUAAGGGAACAAAGACCACCGCGUGAGGUUCAAAGACGGUCUCCCGAGAAAGCUUUCAACCCACCGCAAAUGGACAACCCAUACGCCAAGCCCGGUGCAACGGUGAGGACGAGCCCUGUUAGAACCAAUCGUAGGAGCCCACAAAAGAAUCAACCAAUGAUGCCAGCCCAGCAAACUUCGUAUUACCCCCAGCCAACCGCUAACAACGACCCCAAUGGAAUGUACGCUACAAACAAUCAACCGAUGGUUUCGCCUAGGAACGGGAAGCCGAGAGUACCAGCAGGUCCACACAAUCAAGGCUGGAACAACCGCCCUUCCCCUUCAAAUCCUUAUCAGCAUCCUUCCCCUGCCCCGCAACCACAGCCACAACGUCCUCUUGGAAACCCGUACGCAACAGCCAACAACAGACCAAACAUGCCCAUGCAAUAUCCUCCUCAAAUGACUGCCCAGUAUCCUCCACCGAACACGAACUUUACACCGGCACCACAACAUAUGCAUCUACCUAUUCUUCCACCCCAGCAGACCAACCGCUCGCAUCAGCCUUAUGCGAUGAAUACACAUAUGGGCUCUCCUAGCGGAUACAAUGGAGCAGCGCCACUAUCACCCCUUCAAGCAGGAAAUAUGUACAGCAACAAUAGAUCUCAGCCGCCAUGGCCGACUCCCAACUCGCCCUACAACAACCAUCGCCCACCGCCCAAUAUGAACCAGCGCCAAGGAAACGGCAAUGCUGGUCCUUAUUAUCCUCCAGCACCACAGUCGAACCAUCCUCGAGCCCGCCCACAAGAAAAGGAGGGAUUCUCGCAAUUCAUGCCAUCCGCUACUACAAAGAACCCGUACGCUCAGUAG